UGAAAUCCCGGUUUUGGAAUUCGGAAACAAAAUGGCCGACAGUGGUACUCCCCCGAGAAAUAUCCCCCCUUCUAGUUCAAAGUAAACAACAGCAAAUCCCCACAACUGAAGCAUUUCUGCAUUUGUGACUGGAAAGAAUUAAAGCUCUUUCUUAUCAAACAAGGGAUUCCAUUUUAUUGUGAUUCGUGCUCAUCUAGCUGGCCCAAAGUUGGAAAAUAUGACCCCAUAGUCGUCAACAUUUUCUUCAUUUUGUUUGGUUCACUUUUAUCCUUACUCUAAGCCAUUACAUUUCCUUUCUUCCAAAUUCCCAUUAGUAUUUGGUUUAUUUCAGUACAGGAAAACAGAACAAACUAUCCCCAUAGAAGUAUCCUCACAUAAGCCUUGGUCUAACCGAGAUGGCAGCAAACAAUACCAUUGUUGGUACUCUCAACUUCAUCACCUUGCUUCUCUCGAUUCCAAUCAUCGGUGCAGGAAUCUGGCUCGCAAACGAACCAGACAACGCUUGCGUCAAGGUCCUGCAAUGGCCUCUAAUAAUCCUAGGCGCCUCAAUCUCGGUCGUGGCACUAUUAGGCUUCAUAGGAGGGUGCUGGCGCAUCACUUGGCUACUUAUCGUUUACCUCGUAGCAAUGUUCAUCUUGAUAAUAGUGUUUGCAUGUUUGGUUGUUUUCAUCUAUUUGAUCACCAACAAGGGUUCAGGCCACCCUGCACCAGGCCGCACCUACACGGAACAUGACCUUAAUGAUUUUUCCGGUUGGCUUCGUCGGAAGGUAACGAGUCCUUACAAGUGGGACCGAGUUAGAUCAUGCCUUAACUCAACAGAUAUGUGUUCUGAGUUAAACCAGAGAUAUCGUAUAGCUCAGGAUUUCUUCAAUGCUCGGUUAACAUCUAUACAGUAUGGAUGCUGUAUGCCGCCAGCUGAGUGCGGGUAUUCAUACAUAAAUCCAACGUAUUGGCUGAAUCCCAACAACACAGCAGCAAGCAUGGAUUGCUUGCAGUGGAGCAAUGAACAAAUGCAGCUUUGCUUCCACUGUGAUUCAUGCAAAGCGGGAUUACUGGACAAUUUGACCAAAGAAUGGAGAAACGUGGACAUCAUAUUGUUAAUUACUCUCGUUGUUUUGAUAUUCUUAUAUUUAAUAGGGUUUUGUUUUGCUCUUAGGAAGUACAAAACUGAAGAUACAUCCCCAAGACGCCACAAACAAGAUACAUAAA